CUUAAAUGCAUCUUCAUAGGUACCUAUCCAGUACCUGUACAGGCUGCACUGUCAAUUAGCGUGAAGUUUAAUUCUGGUAACCAGCUCAAGCUCUCUCAACUGCCAACUUGCUCACGAGAACAUUUACUGUCUUCCAUUCUUCCAGACCUAAUUGUGUUUCUACAUUUCAACACUUCUACACCUGACAUUGGAAUCUUCUCAUUCCUCUGACAGAGUAAAAAAUCUAAACUUGACCACGCAAGAUUCUCCUCACAUCUUUCGCUAACCGCUUUUCACACAAGAAAUUCGCGUCUUUACUCGCUGUCUUCGAGUCUCUAGCUGUCGCGUCUACUCAAACCAGAAAGCAACAUCAAUCUAGAUCACUCAAUUGUAUCAAUUCUCGCGUCGAGCUUCAUCUCAUCGCUCUAGCAUCCAAUUCUCGCGACUUACGUUGCGAUCUCGAUAAAAUCCACCUCGAGUCCAUCUAUCAUUAUCCAUCCGUUCCAACUCUCGCUCUCAUCAGCCGAUUGAAAUCAUGGCAUCCGCAUCUCAAUCUCUAUCAAACGGCAUCAACCCCGCUUCUCAGGCGACAGGCCUAUCACAAUCGGCUUCACAACCAACCCCGAAUACCUCAAUGACCUCGGCCACCGUACAAAACAGUCAGGCUACUGGCGCAUCUUCAUCAACAGCCGCCGGAAUGGGGAGCAGCAGCAACGCUAUCAACGGAGGAGUGGGAGCUUCCGCGCAAGCAGGAUCAUCAGCAGCUGGACAACAGCCAAAUUCAUCUACCCCCGCCCAUCUUUCUCGGCCACGAGACUCGCGGAUUAUCGAACUCCUCCUUACAUCUCAAGGCGUAAACUCAUUUGACCACCGAGUCCCGCUUCUCCUUCUUGAUUUCGCUUAUCGACACACUUCUGCCAUUUUACAAGACGCGAUACAUCUUACUACAGAUCCGUACGUCUCCCACGCCGGCGCAAAGCCCAGCGGUUCUUCCGGUGCCGCUCCCAGCGCUCCUUCCGCCUCCGAUGCCAAUGUUACAACUUCUGCCAUCAAUCUGGCCAUCGCCUCACGACAAGCCUUCCAAUUCCGCGGUGGCGCCGGCGGUGGCGCAGGAGGCGCGAGCAAAGAUUGGCUCCAAGACCUUGCCCGCGAGCGAAACAAGAUCGCGCUACCCCGCGUACUUGCCAACGAAUGGGGUGUACGGCUCCCGAACGAGCGUUUUGUUCACAGCGGCAUGGGCUGGGAUCUGAAAGAUCACUGGGAAGCAGAAAUGGAUGAAGAUGAAAGCGACGAGAAUGAUGACGACAUCAUGGAAGAUGACGGAAUCAACCCCCGGAAACACACGAUCACGGAGACGAGUCAAACAGGCGAAGAAGGGGGCCUAGACGAACUUCUCGGUGAUGAUAUGGUGGAUCAAGACAUGGAUGAGAUGGAAUAAGCGAACAACUCGUACACUCGUACAUACACACACACCAACUCCAAUCUUGUGCUCCCCAGUGGACAACAGCGAUACCCGUGGGCGACGAUGGAUUAUGAGAGUCUGCUAUGAAGGCAGGCCAUUUUUUUAGAGGGAAGGAAAGGCGUUUAUGGCGUUUACGGAUGGAUGAAAGGGUUUCGAUACAGUCGUCUACAAGACACACAUAUAUGUACGAACACUUUUUACGUGUACAGUUUACUGCAUACCUAGCUUACACUUGAUACCCAUCUCAGCCGAGGUGUAAACACCAAUACACUAUACGGCGAGCCCCCAUCUCACACAGAUUGGGGUAGACGUCUCUUUACCUUCUGGAUUACCUAACUACUCAGUCUUAGACUUUUUUUGAAUGUGCUCGUGAAAUGUUCUGCCUAUGACAUGUCGAACUA